AUGGCGCGUGUGGUGAACCCCAAAAAGAACUAUGUGGACCUAGACAUAUACAAAAGCUCAUACAUGGUCGACUACCAGCCCUUUGGGAAGCACAAAUACUCCAGAGUCACACCACAAGAGCAGGCCAAGCUGGACAGUCAGCUCCGGAACAAAGAGUUUUACCGGCCCACGCCUAACCCCAACCCUAAGCUGGAGGACGGGUAUCCUGCUUUCAAAAGACCCUACAUGACCGCAAAAGACUUGGGAGUGCGAGGGUUUUUCCCACCACAAGUCAGCACUCCCGUGAAGGAGCAGUCCAGGUUUACCACCAGCUGCCCCUAUGCUUACCCAGCGUCCUUGGCUCUGUACCUGUCCCAGUAUGACCCCUACUGGCUUCACCAGAGGCCGGACUUCCCCUGCCUCAUGGAGCUGGAGCGGCAGCCAGCUCCAGAAGUGGGCAAAGGCUACCUUCUCCUCCCUGGCUGUCCCUGUGUUUCUCACCAGAGAGUCAAGGUCCCCAUCUUGAAUCGGUGGGGCCCCUUGAUGCCAUUUUACCAGUAG